AUGGCGCCGACCAAGCGCGGCAGAGCCGAGGCUGCUCCGAAGCCCCAGCGCGCGCGUCGGGCAGCGAAGUCUUUGGAGGACGCCCUGCCUGGCGGUCCCGCGACCCUGGUCAGCUGGCUGUCACCCUGGACCACACCGGCCGACAAGGAAGGGGAAGAAACCCUUUACGAAGCCGAACGUAUGUGCGACGCCGGCGUCUGCGACCAUGCUGGAUUUCACAUGGUCCGCGAUCUCUUGCAGCUGGCCUGCGCCAACAGGACCUGGAACCAGCUGCGCUUCCCCGCCCGCAACGCCAACAAAUUCGUGGACCAGUGCCACGAGGACUUUAAUUUCCGGUGCUCUCAAGACCAAAAUGAUCAUCUCGAGAUCCCCAGGAACGUGCUGCGGAAUCAGGACGCAGCCUUAAAGUUUCUGCCCCGCCGCGAAAGACGCCUGGUCGUGCUGGCCAUGGCGAUCGGCUCCGAAAGCGCUGCGGCGGGCGUCCGGAUUACUCACAAAUACACCUCGGGAGCGGUGCUCGCAGACCGCCCGCGGGUAGAAAGCAUGGAAUUAGCCUGCCGGAACGUCGCAGAGAAGCCCUCCGAAGCCAAUCUGGUGAGGUUGCUGGACUUGUGGUCUGCCGAGUGGAAGCACCAAGGACGCACCCGGGCCGUAGGACCUGGAGCUUACGAGAAGUAUGCGACGCUGGGGCUGUUCGGACACGGGGGUGUGGUUGGAGUUUCCAACGCAACGCGCUUGCGGGAAGCCUGCGACGCCGUGAAUCGAUUUCUCAAGAGCCGCUUUCCCAACGGCACCUGGACGUCUAUCGCCGUGCUCUUCAAUCCCCGCAUGGGCUUGCAUCGCGACAUCAUGAACAUGCCCGAGCAUCUGAAUCACGCGCUGGCUCUGGGGGAUUACACAGGAGGGCGGGUGUGGAUCGAAGACGACGAUGGGGACUCCACAUGCACGACAAGCCUGUUAGCUUCGACGCUCGAAGCUAUCACAAGGUCGAGCCGCACGAGGGCAGCAUGUGGGCUCUCGCAGCUUAUGUGCCGCAAGCCUAUGCUCGGGCGACGGAGCAGCAUCGGGAGGCGCUCAGGGAAGCAGGUUUUCCGCUUCCGGUGA